AUGCACUCCCAGCUGCCCAGGCCCCUCAGACUCCAACACAUUUUCGGUUUUCGGAGGAAUGCCCAAGCAGCUACACUGAAGCGGCUACUGGAAGCGCACAUCUUGGACUUCCGACCCCUGGUGGCACUAGAGUCGUGGUACCUCCAGAUGAGCGCGGCGCUCCUCACCAAAUUCGAUAUUUCCCCGGAGACGUAUCGGCAGCGCUUUAGAGCCACCGGAGUUCCUGCUGGAGAGACGCCCACGGAGACCUACCAUCGGCUGCGAGGACUCUACCGUCGCUGGAUUCGCCCCGACAUCCUGUCCAAGGACGCGAUCGGUGAGCUCAUCGUCUUGGAGCAACUGCUGUGUGUGCUUCCGCCGGACGUCCGUAUGUGGGUGAAGGAGCACAACUUGGAGGACGGCCUUACAGCAGCGAAGUUAGCUCUUCAGUACCAGAACGCGCAUCGAGGAUUCACACGCUUUCCCAGUUCGAGUCAACGUCCAGCACCACCACCAGGACCACCUUCUGCACCACCCCCGAGACCAACCCAAGAUGUGAGAGACCCGCCCACCGUGGAGCCCUUCUUCACCGAGAUGCGGCAGGGUCUGGGACGUCCCGUGGUCAUGACGUGUCGGGUCCUGCGCGCUCAUCCGUCCCGCGUGCUUCGCUUUGAGUGGCUGCUGUCCAACCGACUGCUCCAUGCCGGGGCCUUCGACACUCACAAGGACGAGACAGAGUACACCAUCCGGAACCUGAACCGUGACGGCUGGGGGGAGUACACCUGCAACGUGAUCAACGAGGCCGGGGCGGGCCGCUGCACCUUCCACGUCACGGGGAAAGCGUUCGCGCCAGAGUUCUACUACGACACGUACAGCCCGGUGUGGCAGAACCGGCCUCGAGUCUACGGCUUCAAACUGCAGUGGACCCAGAUGAACCCCAACGCUGUGGACCGCAUUGUGGCCUACAGACUGGGCAUACGACAGGUCUGA